AUGCCCAAAGGCAACAAGGAAACGUUGUAUGCCAUGAUAAGUGUGAUUUUUAUUGUGGGAGCCGCUAUUGGAGCAUUCAGUUGCGGUAUUCUAGCUGACAAACUCGGAAGGAAAAAGAGUCUGCUCUUGAACACCUCUUUUGGGCUCCUCGGCGCAGUCAUUUCAGGCCUUUGUGUUGCUAUGGAUAAUGCAAUAGUGCUCUUUGUUGGGCGCUUCAUUUCUGGCCUCAAUGCUGGCAUUACAAUCGGCGUGGCAUCGAUGUACCUCACGGAGAUGGCGCCCACCAACCUCCGUGGCUUGAUCGGUGCUUGUCACCAGCUAGCAGUUACAAUGGGAAUUUUCAUCUCCUACGUCAUGACUUUGGAAAAUCUGCUAAAUACCAAGGGCCGCUGGGCUUACGCAAUCGGAAUAGGCGCAAUUCCGUGUGUGUUAGGUCUUAUUCUUCUUCCACUUUGUCCUGAAAGUGCCCGCUACAUGUUUUUGAUCAAAAAGAACCCAGACAGCGCAAAGGAAAUCUAUCUAAAAGUUUCUGGAAAGGAAAGUGCAGACGACUUCGUUAAAGAAAUGAAUGACGAAGUCGCAGCUGCAAACGCUCAACCGGCCUUCAAAAUUUCGUACCUCUUCACGAAACGUGAGUAUAGGAAACCGACAGCCAUCGCCAUUCUUGUUCAAGUACUCCAACAGCUCUCCGGAAUUAAUGCGGUAAUUGCCAAUUCAUCGACAAUGCUGGCGUCAGCCAAAGCGAGAGAAGAUCAAAUGCAAUACUUCGUUGUGGGUCUGGGAGCACUUAAUGUGGUCUGCACUAUUGUCGCGCUGCCGCUGCUCGAAAGAGCCGGUCGGCGAACUCUUCUACUCUGGCCUACGCUUCUACUAGCCGGCUGCCUGCUCACCCAAACUAUUGUCGUUACCAUUGUGCGCAGCAAACCGCCGGAAUCACAAGCGCCGUUUGCUAUCGUAGCUGUCACCAUGGUCUACGUUUACCUCGCCUGUUUCGCCAUCGGUCUUGGUCCCAUCCCCGCCAUGAUUGUUGCCGAAAUCUUCCGCCAGGGUCCGCGAACUGCAGCCUACUCCGUUAGCCAGGGUGUACAGUGGCUCUGCAACCUUGCGGUCCUUGCUACUUUUCCGCCCCUCAACAAAGCUAUGGCUGGCUUCGUGUACCUCCCCUUCCUUGUGGUGGUCGUACUUUGUUGGACCUUCUUCUUCUUUGUGAUGCCAGAAACAAGGAACAAAUCAUUUGACGAAAUUGCCAAAAUACUUUCCGGCGACAACAAUAGCGCUAGGGCAGACUUUAAUGCCCAUUCUAGUGAGGUUAUCAAAUUAGCCAACUAG